AGACAGAGGGAGUCACAACAGAGAGAGGGGAUAGGAUUAGAGCAAGCACUGCUCCCUCUCUCCUCUCUUUUCUUCUCUCUUCAGCACUUCUCAAAUAAAAAAAAAAUCAUAAUUCAUUAGUUACAGCCUCUCAGUUACAGACCUUGUGUAUGCGUGUGUUCCCUUUUGAAAGUGAGCUCAUUCAUAGAGAGGAUCCACAUCUACUCUACUCCGGCUGUAGUGCCUGUGUUGUGUGUGUUUGAGUGUGUGUGUGUCACACUGAAUGACAGAGAGAGAGGGGGAGAGGUAGAGAGCGGACAGCCUCACAAGAAAGAUCUCAGGGGCAACAGAUCUGGUUUGCUCGGCUGAAAACACCAAACACAACGGGAUGGAUUUCUGCACGACGUGAACGUGAGCGAGGAACACCUGCCUCACACAUUAAAAAAAACACAGCCAGGAUGUCAGGGAUGGACGUCCUGCUGGUGGACCAUAAUGAGACUGGAAUCUCUCCAAUAGACAAUGGGACCUUCCUCCGCUUCUCCCCGACCUCUGCUUCCACCUCGGCAGCCGCCUCCUCACCGGGACGUCCGGGCAACGUUUACGUCUACGUGUGGCUCUUCCUCGGCCUGCUGGUGUUCCUGCUGACGCUGCUCAUCAUCUCCCUCCACAGGCUGAAGAACAUCAUCUCCUCCUCCUCGUCUGUCCCCGACUGCAGCAGCGAGGGAGGGAGCUCCUUCACAAACAUGGAGAUCUGUAGCAUCUCGUCUCAGAGGUCCACCAUCUCCUCGCUGUCCACCUGAGGGGGAGAUGGGACGGAGCACAUACAGACACAUCUGGCUGUGUGCAUCUCCUUGUGUGUGCAUGCUUACACGCAAACAGCAGGCAAGCAUGCACACACAUAAAGCACGUGGAGGCUCAGCACCUCCUCACUGUGACAUACAAACACAAAAACGCUCUAUUUCAGCCUGUAAGAAGCUGACAGCACGACAUUACUGUUCACUCCACGCAUGCAUAUUCUAAUCCCGACGGUCCGGUGAGUCUGGUGUGUCCAUGCAAUUUCCACAGGCACAGGGGAAAUAUAGCUCACAAUGAGAUGAGGAGGUCCUGGGGGUGAGAGUCACUGAACCCUUCUGAGCCUUAUUUCAACGAUGAAGACAAAUGAACCUGAGAAACUGCUCUCCCUGUGCAGGAACUAUUAUCUUUCCUCUGUUUUGUAAAGUCCAUUUCUUGUACUGUACUUGUCAUAUUUACUGUGGAGCAAAUAAUAUCCAAGUUUGCACAGCAUGUGUCAUAAUGUCUGUAGACUGCAUUGCAGAAUCAGAAUUACAAUAAUAUUAAAGAGCAUUCCUUUGUACAGAAAUGCAUGCUUAUGUCUCAGUUGUUCAGACAGGUUAGGAUGAUGUAACCUACCUUAAAAACUGUACACAUGCUUAAUUGCUUCAUGAUUCCCCUGGGGAGAGGGCACAGCACAAGACAUCCUGCUGUGGAUGUAAAGGUGAGGAAGAAAUGAGGGUUGUGUCUCAGACUAUUGACAGGCGACCGGCCUCUGAUUGCAGCUAAAGACAGACCAGGUCAAAAGUGGCAUAAACAACAAGAUGAAAUUCUGGUUCUGAAAGACAGGUCUACCAGCGUAACGGAUUACCCUCUCUUGCCUGUCAGCUUGUGUGGCUUCUGAUUGCAGUCUCCAUAGUGACUGAAGCAUGAGAGCUCCGUGCAGCUGUCAGCCUCCUCUGUAUUCCAGGCUUAAGCUUCGGUAAUGGUUGUUUCUGCUCAAAAGACAUCAUCUUAGUUUUAAUACUGUGAGGUGUAGUUUUUUUUUUGACAGGGCAAUAAAAGUACACCACACACUCAGAGCAAAUGAUUAGAAAGAGGUUCAUUCAUCUUUGUCACACUUUUCUACAAAAUGUAAUCACAACUGAAGGCUUGGAGAGAGGUGAUGACGGCUACGAGGCCACGAACAAUACAAGGAGUCUGAACUGCCGGCGCUGUUAUUGACAAAUCCUCAUUGCUCUCACAAUGAGUGUUUCACAGGUGGUAGUACUGUGUCAGCCAAUCUCUUUAGUUCCUCCAUGUAUAGUCAGUGUUGACUACUGGUUCAUUAUGUCAGCUUUUGAUGAGUCGUAUGCACACAGUCAAGAGGUUUUUAUGCCAAGAACCUUUUUGUUUUAAAGGGAUAGUUCACCCCCAAAUUAAAAAUACAUAUUUUUCCCUUUUACCUGUAGUGCUGUUAUCUCUCUAGAUUGUUUUGGUGUGAGCUGCAGAGUGUUGGAGAUACCAGCUGUAGAAAUGUUUGCUUUCUCUAAAAUACAAUGGAAACAGAUGGCACUCAGCUUAUGGGGCUUUAAGUGCCCAAAAAAAUACAAUUGAAAAACUCAACAGCAAUGUCUCCUUCCAAAAAUCAUGACUGGGUUACUUGAAAAUAAUCCACAGACCUCGUCGUAAGCAGUUUAAUGUAGGAGCUAUUUUCUCUCUACCAAAGUACACCCGCCAACUGUGUCAUUGCACAGAAGGAGGUUUGCAUCGACUCAUAAACGAGUGCUCAUGACAGUGAAAGAUGUAAACAAUAGUGCUUUCCUCCUCGGAUGAGCUGUAAUGUUAGCUAGCUCAGUGGUGCUAGUUGAGUUAGCAGUAGAUGCACACCUCCUUCAGCACAGUGGUACGAUUGGCGGGUGUAGUUCAGUAGAAAGAAAAUAUUUCCUACUUGAAACAAGUUCUGUGGAUGAUGUUGAGUAAUCAGAUCAUGAUUUCUGGAAGAAGAAUGUUCAUUUAUCUAUUGUUUUUUGGCAGGUUGAGCACCACGAGCCGAAUGCCAUCUAGUUCCAUUAAAUUGUAGAGAAGGCAGACAUCUUUGUGGCCAAUAUCUCCAACACUCUGCAACUUACACCACAACAACCUAGACAGAUAAAUAGCACUACAGCUAAGAGUAAAAAUAUGUAUUUCUGAUUUUGGGGUGAACUGUCCCUUUAAUGUAGUACAAAAGAUGCAAGUUUGAAAUAAUUGCUGAGCAUUUGUUUUUAAGCCUAUCAAGAAGUAAAAGACUGAACCCA